AUUAUUCGAGAACAUUACACCUUGCUCUCCAUAUGACGUCAUUCUGCUUUAUUACGCCAUUCCGCCGACAAAAAAAGUAACGACGUAUUUGCCGAUUUUCAUGAUUUUGAUUCUUGACCAGAAAGUGGAUUACUGUUGAAUAUUGUUGGAUAUACCACUGUGGUCCUUGCUAUCAUUGGAUAUAACACCAAGAAACCUGUUGAAUAUCACUGGAUAUACCUCGGAACAUCCUUCUAAGUAUCACUGGACGCUGCAUCUUGGAGAAAGAUAGGCAGUACCAACAUGAAGUACUCUUCAAUAUCAUACAUCCUGCUGCUUGCAGCAUUCUUACUUUCCACAAGCAAUGUGGAUGGAACCACUGCUUCGAUGACCACAAAUGUGCCUGGAACAGAAACAGUUGUAACAACACAGGCAUCGAAAACUGAAGCAGAUGGAACCACACAGGCAUCUGGCUCCGAUAAAACCACCGCAGCCUUAGAGGUGACAACCUUGAAUAACCCCGGGACACCUGAAUUUGAGACCAGUGCACCGCCUUGUGAUAACAGUAUAGAGAACUGCACCACAACUGCACCCACACCAUUAACCAGUGGUCCAGUCUCGCCACCUUGUGACAACACAACAGAAAACUGCAACAUGACAGCAUCCACACCAUUAAUAACAAGUACAGUGUCACCGCCUUGUGACAACGCAACAAAAACCUGCACCACGACAGCAUCUACACCAUUAGCCACUGGCACCAUGUCGCCGCCUUGUGACAAUGCGACAGGAAACUGCACCACAAUGGUAUCCACACCAUCAGCCAAUAUUACAGUGGCACCACCUGUGACGGAUGUGAACCCUGACAUGGGCUCCACCACCAUGAUGCCAGAGGGUAUGACCACUGUAAUGGACAUGACCACCAGUCUCCCAGACGUGACUUCGUCCACCGUUGCACCGGACACCACCUCAAAUGCCACACCUACCCAAGCCCCUGGUACGUCAGAAAGGACACAGCAGCCCAUGAAAACAUCCACUGCAAAGCCAACAGAAUCACCUAAGCCAGCUGAUAAGACCACGGAGCCGGCAAAGCUCCCAACCACCGGUGCUUCAACAACCAAGUCAGGGGAACCGGAGAAGAUGCCCCAUCAUGGCAAUUCUUCUGUCGUAGUUGGUCUUGUUGUCACCGCACUUCUUCUCGUUUUGAUUGGCGGUGUAGUCAUCUUUAUUAGGCAGAGGAGAUUGAGAAACAGCUAUGGAAGAUUGAAUGAAGAAACAGAAGACAGUGGAUGGUCAGCAUUCUCAAAGAACCCAAUCUACAGAGGAGAUAGGAAUGAACCGUAUUUGUGAGCAGUCUGUGCGCACACACACACAUGCAAGCACACCCAGGCCAUACAUGACUACCAACUGUUAUGAAAAGAUAUUUAAAGUUACUCCAAAAAAUUAUCUCCUUGUUGUCUUGAAGAUGUGCUCGGAAGAUCUUUCUUCUUCUAGCCUCGCUCCCAGGUACUGUUACAACAGACGUAUUUUCAUCUUUCCUCUUUUCGACAGCAAAGUUAUUGGUCACUAAACGUGCUUUGAUAGCAAAGUUUUUAGUCACUAAACCCACUUUAUAAGGGAGACUUGCACUGCCCAAUUGAAUUCAGGUGAAAUAUUUUGAAGGUGUACACUGUAUAACAGUAGAUAACCUGUUGCAAUCAGGUGAAUAUUGAUAUUUCUUCUCGCUGCAAAGCUUUAGUUUUAUCUUCCAGAUAUUAGAGUACUCUUUUUGUUUCUUUACAUCCAUCCAUUAUCGUAUCAAAGUUUUAAUUCUUUCAUGGUAGAGAUUAAAUAAUUCUUUGCAUGUCGGAGAAAUUGCAGUCCAAUUUGAUGUGUGUAUUUAAUAAUAUAUUUUGUUCAGUGACUUUGGGAUGUUUAGAGUAGAUAAAUUUGCUUGUAGCAAAAAUACUGUGUUGAUGUUGGCAUUUGUGCUGGAUUUGGAAGCAUAACUCAAUAUUAGUUUGCUUUCUCUAGUGCCAACAUCCACUUUUUACGAAAAUUAGUCAAAUCACAUUUUGUGCCGUUUCCACAAACUUUUUUGUGGAGAAUUUUCAAGGAUGCGAUUGUCCAAAAAAUGGCAAAGUCCAGCAUGUGUAUUUUAUGCGACAAACGCACGCAAAACAUGUGCUUUAAUGUCUGCAAUCUUUGUCAAUUGUUCGCUGGGGCGCUUGGAGUCGUUUUUUUGUUCAGAUAAAGUUUUUUGAAAAUUGUGUAAAUUACUCACAAACGAAAAGCAACUCUCAGCCACCCCUGCAAGCAAUUGACAAAACUUUCAAACAUUUAAAGCGCAAAUUUUGCACAUUUUUGUUUCAUAAAUGUGAAUUUUUGCAAUUUUUGUAAAACUUUCACAAAAUGUUCACGAGCCCCAUGAAAAAACAGCACUUUAUGGUAAGCUCAACUCCUAUUGAGAUUUUUCUAAAGACCAGCUUUAUUUGAAAUGUGGUGCUUUGCUGAUGUAAUAAUGGACCCAACAUCAACACUACAAGGUUAUCAAGAAACUUUGAUUCACCCUGAGUUCUUUUCCAUUAAAUAUAUCCCAUGGUUUUUCGUUUGAACUUGUGGAUUUCAAUUUUACAUUCAGUUUUCAGAGAUAAUCAGGAGAGUUACAUGUAUAGGCCUACAUAUUUACUGCCUUGAAAGAUAGCUGUUAUAUAAUGUCAGUAGGAGUUGACUUUGUCAUCAUACAUGUCUGCCUUUUUUAGGAAACAGCAUAGUAUUUUCAUCCAUUUUUUCAUAGUUACAUAUUUUUGAGUAUUUUUAGUUUGCUUGAAUUUAUUUUUUCUGUUCAAACUCUGCAUGUACCUUUAUUUUAAAAUGCAAUGCUAUUCAGAAGUUGGAGAGUUUAAUAGCACUUUCGAUAAUUAAUUUCUUUGUUGCUGGAAUGAAAAUGACAAAUUGAUGUUGAAUUGAAUUAAUAACUUUCAAACACAGGUGGUUUUCAUUUGACAUAAUUUGUGUGUUUUUGAUCAUGACCAUGCAUAUGGCCACAGUGUGGCAUAGACACUGACGGUUUGUAAUAUAAUCAUUAGACACCACACCAGAAAAUGUGAUGGAAAUAUGAUCAGACAAUGUAGUAUGGAUAUUUUCAGAAAAUAUACAUGUAACACCCUUUUUUGAAGGACCUGAGUGUUGCAUAGUCACUGAAGGUUGAGCAUUUUAAUUAAUGGCGAGUGAAAUAUGAUUGAUCGUUCAGCAUGGAUA